AAAGCAAAGCUUGUUUGUGUCCCUGCACCAAGGCAACAUUACACACGCAGGUGGUGAGGCUUCACAAAAUUGGAGCUGAACUGCAGUACACAAGCAUGGAACAGUCAGCACAGAUCCAGCAGGAUGAUUUCUCAUGCUUUCAACUCAUUCAACAACCGGCCCCUCAGCCUGUUGCACUCUUCCAGCAGUUUCCCUCAGCAAUGGCUCCACCUGCACCAACUUUACGGCCGGGACACAUCAGGGAGGAUCUUGUAGAGCUGAUGAUGAUGCAGAAUGCUCAGAUGCACCAAGUCAUCAUGAACAACAUGACCAUGUCUGCACUUAGUUAUUUUGGCUACAUGCAAGCACCUGAGCAUCCAGGUCCACCUGUAACAGUUGAGGUGGAUCCGGAGGUGUAUCAUCACCACUACCCCUGUCCCCCCUGUGAAUCUUACCCUGUAUGGGUUCCUAUGUCUCUGGCACCGAUGCAGUCUCAGGUCCCUCUUCAGACCAUUCCAAGCUUUCAGGAUCCUACAUACCCUCUACACAACACCCACGUAGAACACAGAGACAGGAAAGCCGUUCCUCCUCCUCCACCACCCAGCGCAACAGGAACUGUCGGACCAGAUGUUCCUCUUGCUGCAGGUACACUCACACACACACACACACACACACACACACACACACACACACACACACACACACACACACACACACACACACACACACAAACUAAUUUCUUUGGAGAUGUUCAUGGUGAUCCAGAAUGUAGACAACUCCAGAGAAUAGCUUGGAGGUGACAGCUGAAAACACCUGAAUGUCCAAAUUUCUCUCUCUCUCUCUCUCUCUCUCUCU